AUUGGAUUGUCUGGAGAGGCUACCGCCUGGCGAGGCUACCACCAGACAGGGCAGGAGAUUGCCUCCUGGCAGGCGAACAGCCAGAAUUCCGGUCCAUUGCUUGACAGUCAUGCUGAGAUCAUGUCUAGAGUGGCCUUCAGAAUGCUGUUGCGACUGAAGGGUCGACUGGUAACUCGAUACACUUCCUAACACAACAUUAGAAAAGAUGGCGAGUGUAUUCCCUAGCACUGUCUACGUUCCUCAUGCUACGGAGACGAUGAAAGCGGCCCAAUGGAUGGGCACGCGUGUGAUCGAGCUGAAUUCGGUCCCCAAACCGACCAUCACCGACCCCGGCGACGCCAUCAUCCACAUCACCCACUGUACCAUCUGCGGCUCCGAUCUACACCUGUACGAGGGCGAGCUGAACGACGCGAUGCAAAAGGGCGAUAUUCUCGGUCACGAGGCGAUUGGUUUUGUCGAGGAGGUCGGCUCAGACGUCAAGAAGCUCGCCCCCGGCGACCGGGUGAUCAUCCUGCCCAUAAUCGCCUGUGGCUCCUGUGAUUACUGCCAGAGACAGGAGUACUCGCUGUGCGACAACACCAACCCUUCGCGCGAGAUGGAGCGGGCCUACGGGCACCGGGUAUCCGGGACAUUUGGUUACUCGCACCUCACGGGCGGCUACGCCGGCGAUCAAGCCGAGUACUGUCGCGUUCCCCACGCGGAUCUGACCUGCGUCCGGGCCCCCCCCGAUGUCGAUGCCCGCAAGCUGCUGGGACUGGCCGACGUCACCACCACCGCCUGGCAUGGCUGCGAGCUGGCCGAGGUAGGCCCCGGCGACAUCGUCGGCGUGUGGGGAUGCGGGCCUGUCGGGCUGUCAAUCCAACGGCUGGCGCUCCUGCGCGGGGCCCGCAAGGUGUACGCCAUGGACAAGGAUCCCGUGCGGCUGCGCAUCGCCGAGAGCUUCGGCAUGGUCGCCAUCGACGUCGCCGCCCAUCCCGAGACGGCCGACUUCCUGCUCGCCAUCCAGCCGGGCGGGCUCGACCGCGGCAUCGAAGCCAGCGGCUUCCGCAGCUCGCAGAAACCCGCCCACGCCGCCAUGCGCGCCAUCGGUCUCGAGCACGACAGCAGCGACACCGUCGCCGCCAUCAUCAAGGCUACCCGCAAGGGCGGCUCCGUCGCCCUCAUCGGCGACUUCUUCUUCACCACCCACGACUUUCCCAUCGGGCCCAUGAUGGAGAAGGCUCUGACCGUGCGCGGCGGACAGUUGGCCGCCCAGAAGUCCAGUACCACCCCUUCCUGCUUGACCUCGUCGUUCAAGGGAAAUAUGACCCGUCAUGGAUUUUCACAUAUGAAGAUGACUUUGAGAACAUCGUAGAGGACUAUCGCAAGUUCUCCCGGCAUGAAAUCCCCGGCGGGCUUAAAGUGUGUUUGGUGACGCAGUUUGGGCGGAGCUUGAAUUCCAAAGAAUAGUCUCCUAGAUAAUAGAUCUCAGUGUUGAAGUCUCUACAACACUACCAUUCAGUACCUAGCACAAUCGCUAACCAGAC